AUGGGAUUAGGCACGGGAGCAGGUGACAAUUCAGACUUGCGUGAUGAUCAAUCCAAUAACUCCACUUGCUAUUAUAACAUUCUUGGGGUCACACGCAAUGCUGAUGACACUGACAUCCGGAAAGCAUAUCGAAAACUCGCGUUACAAUGGCAUCCGGACAAAAAUCCGAGUAAUAAUCAAGUAGCAGAGCAAAAGUUUAAGCGUAUAGCUCAAGCUUAUGAAGUACUAUCUGAUCCUAAAAAACGCAGUUCAUAUGAUCGUUCACGUUUAAUCAAUUAUCAACGUUAUAAUAUGCAAUCACGUAAUGCAUUCCAUCAUCACCGAUUCCGCUCACCGUUUGAUAUUUUCUGCGAAUUUUUUGACAGCUAUGAUCCAUUUACUGAUUUUAUGAUGAAUGAUGACAUGCAUUUUCCAACGUCUCGUUUCAGGCCACGAUCUGAUAGCGUUGAUUCGUUUUACAGAAGAAAUGAAAGACGAAGAACAACAUUUGCUACAAGAACGCCUUUUGAUGAUAAAAGUGAUAACGAAAAUGAUUGCACUUUUUCAUCCGUGAUACGCUUUUCAUCUGGAGAGCCAGGAAAGAAUCCUUGCAGUCAGAAAAUAACAACAAGCACUAAAAUUAUUGAUGGUGUCAAAGUUGUCACUAAAAAAAUUGAAUCAGAAGGUAAAGAAACAGUUGAAGUUAUCGAAAAUGGCGUAUUAAAGUCAUGUGUUGUCAAUGGAAAUACUGUCCACAAGAGUACUACAUAA